AUAUAACUGACAAUUUUGAGAUUUAAAAUAAUACAGAUUUUAACGUCUCACAGGCGAUUAGGAAGGCCACCUUCCCAGCACAUAAGGUCUUUUUUUGAAACUUCGCGGCUUUGUGAAGCGGAGCGAACAAAUCUCAUUGAGUCCAUCGAUAUAUGUUUUGUCCCUGCAGAUUUUAGUAUUUGAGGAUAAGCAUUUUGACUUCAUUUGAAAUACAUUAGCGAUAUUGGGAUGAAAAAAUCCAAGGUGGCAGUGACUGAAACAGAAGAAUGUGGCAUCUGGCUGGAUACAAGUCAACUGAAAGAAAAGAGAAAACGGGUUCCUGUUUUCCGACCUAUUUCUAAGUUAUUGAACCCAUUAAGUAAAAGUGGAUAUAACAUCAAUGUGGCUAUAAACUUUACACAGACACGAGCGCCUAUGCCAAAUACUAAGCAAACUACCAUCUCAUCCUACCUAAUAGCAGAAAGCUCAGGUAAAAAAAAUGAAGUGUAUUUAAAUUCGGAAAUUGACAUAACAAAAUGUUCCGAGUCUGAGCACAAUGACACAAAAAGCAAAUCCUGUAUAAGAAUGAAAGACUAUAAAUGUGUUUCUGAGCAUAUUGAAGUGAACCAGGCAUCAGAUGUGAAGGAUGAUCACAGUGAAGCAAGGCUGUUUGAAAGCCACUCUUCAGAUGACCAUCUUUGCAGCAAAACUAAGGAUUGUGAAGCUUCUUUUACCAGUGACACUUUCUGUUCAAAAUAUAGCAGGGAAAAGUCUCAUUGUAUUACUGCACAUCAGAUGGAGAUGGAACUGCAGGACAAAAAAUCUUCUAUCAAUUGUACAGAGUCUAAAAUGUCUUUGAAUCCUCAGUAUGGACACAAGAUAGAAAGUUGUUUGCCUCAGCCAUUUGCUUCUUCUUUGUCACCUUCCAACUUUAAAUUAAAUUCCCAGACACUUUUCACUCAGGAUUCCCAGGGCAACAGAGUUAUUGCACACAAGAAGAUUAAAGCUUCCAAUGAGUUCAUUAAUGAGAAUGAGAGAGAUGUUGAAUGUCUUAACAAGGUACCUUUGGGCAGAAGACUGACUUUAAAUCCCCUACACAUGUCAGAACUUUCAGACAGUCCAAUGCCGCAGCACACGCAUUGUCUUGAAGGUAAUGAAAGUAUUCUGUCUGAGAAAGAGAAUUUUGAUUUUAAUUCAAUUCCCCGUUUCCACUCAACACAGAAACAAAGUAAUUUGAGAUCUGAAAUAUUUUCUAUUUGGAAUAAUAUCAGUUGUUUUAAUCAAGAAGACAUCAUGCAAGACAGUGGUUUACAGAGGCCAUCUAAAAGAGCUAAGUUACACGAGACUAGCAGCUUGACCCAGCAAAUGCUUUUUACACAAGACUCUGAAGGCAACAAAGUAAUCUCUCAUCGUUGUGAUAGAGCCAGCCCAAGGAAAAGCCCAUUUAAAGACUGGACCAACCAAAGCCGCAGUAGCCAAUCUUGCAGUUCAUCCAAAACCUCUACAUGUUUUCAUCCAUGCCUGGAGGAAGGUGGUCCAGAUCGUAUGCUGUUUACACAGGACUCUGAAGGGAACAUAGUGAUUAAACACUGAUAAUUAUACAGGCUUUUGGGGAAUUGUGCUUGAGUAGCUAUGGAAAAUAACCCAAGUUUAUUGCACAUUGUGAACCAAGUCCUUAAAUAGUUUUAUAUUAUCCUUCAUGCACAUUUUGUACAUAAAUUAAAAAUCAAUUUCAAACUAAAUUACUCAAAAUGGGUUACUUUUAUUCUGCAUGAAUAGAUGCUCUAAUUACCAAUAUAGUUUCGGUUUUCUGGUGGGUGCUUAUAAGUAAUUUCCUUGAAACUCUGAAAUCGUAACCGCUAUGCAUAAGAACCACUUUGAACACUUUUGACCCAGAGGAAUUGUAGCUGUUCCUAAAACAAUGAAAAUGUUUUUUGCACUCCAGCCCAAAAAUGAGCUUAGCAUUUUUAGAAAAUGUGGAUUUACUGUUUCAUCUAAAAAUGUUCUGUCUUCAUAAAAAUGUUAAAAAUUCCUUGUGUGCUAUGUUCUACAUCUACACUGAAGUAUUUCACAUUUCUUGUUUUAUGUACUGUUUAAAGUCUGCACUGAAUUUUUUUGUAUGUUCAUGCUAUUGUUUCUUGUGCCUUUUUCUGGAAGUCUGAUAUUUUAGUAGAUAUAAUUGAUUAUAGAAUGCAGCAUGUUGUUGUUAGUCAUGGUGUGGUGCUUAAAUAUUGGUUAUAAUCCAGUAGUACUAGUUAGGAUAAACCAAGUAGCACUGUACUGCCCCAGGCACCAGUCUGGACACCUUGGGUCUCAUUCAUGAAAUGUCAGCAGAACGAAUGUGUUUGUAAAGUGCUUAAAGAGGGAAAAUCCGGUGUUUAUCAAUGUUUUAGAAAGGACAGUUAGUUUGUAAAAUGGAAAGAUCUCAUAUAUGGUCAGGACCAAGCUUAGUGUGUGUGUGUGUAAAUAAUAAAAAGCAUCAUAUAUA